AUGAGAGGAAUGAGUAUGUCGUCGGGUUCACCAGCCAAAUAUGAACUUGAUGAUCCAAUUUAUUUGGCGCCGAGAUGGUGGGAUGUGAGAACGUGGAGUAAGAAGACGUUGGCGAUAGUUGGGAUGGGAUUUGUUAUGUUGAUCAUCGUGGUGGUGGUCAUUGCUGUGGAAGUUUCGAAGAAGAAUGCUUAUCCAAAUUACUCGCAAUUAACCUAUUCACUGAAGGAUACUUACUCGGGAGCUGACUUCUUCGAUAAUUUCGAUUAUUUCAAUACCUACGACCCAUCGGCCGGGUUCGUUCAUUAUGUUGACUCCAAAGUGGCUGCUCAGUAUAAUCUGACGUAUGCUUCAUCAAGUUCCGCGAUUAUGAGAGUCGACACAUCUGUCACAGCUGAUAGCAAUCCAGAUGCAUCCACUGGUCGUUUCUCGGUUCGAAUUGAGUCCAAGACACAAUACACCGACGGUCUGUUCAUCUUCGAUAUCGUUCACACACCUAUUGGUUGUGGUACAUGGCCUGCACUCUGGCUCAGCGAUCCCAACAAUUGGCCAACAAAUGGAGAGAUUGAUAUCAUGGAGGCUGUCAAUGUUGUGAGCUCCACAAAGAACCAAAUGACGCUCCAUACUACGUCCGGCUGCUCCAUGGACGUCAAGCGUAAAGAGGCUGGAAGUGCCAUUCAAACUUCAUGCUUAAACAGCACAAAUGGCAAUGCCGGUUGUGGUGUAUAUGAUUCCUCAGGGUCCUUUGGCACGGGGUUUAACUCUGCUGGAGGCGGUGUUAUGGCCAUGGAGCUACGUACCGCAGGUAUUCGUAUGUGGCAAUUCGGACGAGAUACAAUUCCAACCGAUAUCUCAUCUGGUAGCCCAGACCCAUCGACAUGGUCGAAGGCCACUGCCGAUUUCCCCAACACGGACUGUAACAUUGGCAACCACUUCAAGAACCAGAGUAUUAUUGUGAACAUCGAUUUGUGUGGAAGUUGGGCAGGCACCCAGAGUGUAUAUGAUGUCGAUUGUCCUGGUACUUGUACUGACUAUGUUGCUAAUAAUGCAACGGCAUUCACAAAUGCUUAUUGGGAAUUCAAUAACUUCACCGUAUAUCAGUCUUCAUCAUCUUGA